AUGAAAGAAACUUGCUACAAACGUGUUUACGGUGAUGUUCUCUCCCACGACGUCGUUUGGAGGGUCAUCGCUUCCGAUGCUGACUCCGACAAGGAGUUCACUGACAUCAUUUAUGAGAAGGCUGUUGGGGAAGGCAUAGCCAAGAUUAGUAUUAAUAGGCCUGAGAGAAGGAAUGCCUUUCGACAUAAUACAGUUAAGGAACUUAUUUGUGCUUUCAAUGAUGCCAUGCAUGAUAGUUCUAUUGGGGUUGUCAUUCUUACUGGCAUGGGGACCAAGGCAUUUUGUAGUGGUGGUGACCAAGCUUUGAGGAUAGCAGAUGGUUAUUCUGAUAAUGAAGAUAUUGGUAGCCUUAAUGCGUUAGACUUGCAGGUUUAUUGA